AUGAAGUUCUCUCCCUCCCUCGUGGCAGUCUUGCCCUUCGCUCUCUCCGCAACUGCGCGCUCGACAUCCACCUACGUUGGCUGCUUUAGCACCACCGGUUCCUGGGAGGAUUUUGGGACCUUCACCUUCCAGUCGAUCGGCCACUGUGUUGAACAAUGCUCUGACGCUGGAUAUAACAUCCACGACUACGCGGCUGUUCAGGACGAGAGCUGCUACUGCGGCGAUUCUGAUCCCGCGAAGGCCGAUCUGCUUGAUGAUGACGAAUGUACUGCCAAGUGUCCGGGGUACGCGGGGGAUACUUGCGGCGGCGCAAAGACCUGGUCUGUCUAUGCUAUCGGCGACGUAAAGGAUGACCUCUGGGCGGAUGAGGAUGAGAGUUCAUCGACAGCGGGCAGCUCGACCUCUACCUCCACCGAAGAGUCCACCGCAGUCUCAACUGCCACUUCUACUGCAGCCGAGGCCGCGACAUCGACUGCGCCUGUGGAAGUCAAGCCGGCAUCUGGAACUGUAUCUUCCUCCGCGACACCCUCCGCCAGUGCCUCGUCCACCCCGGCUUCAUCUUCGACCAGCAUUGAGCCGACGCCUACUGGAAACAGCGCGAGCCGUCGCUAUAGCUUUCUAUUCUAA